UCUCAAUGGCUUGACGGCUUGACCUCAAAGCAAUAUGGCGGAUGUCAAUUUGUUGAGGUGUUUUGCUUAGAUAGUUGCUUGCAGUUUGCGGGUUCCGAUAAUAUUAUUUAUGAUACAAUGACUUCAACAGACAAUUCUGUAGUAAACGCUCGUAGAAAAGCACUGUUUGCAGCCGCGUGCUCAAUUUGUAUAGAGGCCGGUUUUGCUACAGCCGAGAGAGCUGCGGUCGAAAGUUUGGUGGAAAUGCUACAAAGUUGCUUGACAGAAAUCGCGCGCAGCAGCCGAGCUUUCUGCGAAUUAACAGGACGUACGGAAGUUUUAUCCGGAGACGUCUUUAUGGCUUUAGUGGAAAUGGGUAUAAACAUAGAGUCCCUGGGACCCUUCAUCAAAAGAAGCAACAGAAUCACAUUACCAACUCCCGCAAUGGCACCGAGGUCCACAACACCCAAGAUUCUCCAAGCUGGAGAAAAGAAACCUCUGCCUCCAUACAUUCCGGACCACUUUGUUGCAUUUCCGGAUCCACACGCAUACAUUCGGACACCGACACACAAACAACCUGUUACGGAAUACGAGGCCAUCCGCGAAAAGGUCGCCAGCCAGAAGCGCGAUGUCGAGCGGGCGCUUACGCGGUUCAUCGCCAAGACGGGCGCUACGCAGAGCCUUUUUGCAGACGACACAACCUUGUUCCCACUAAUAGCUUGCAAGCCCAUGUCACAGUCUUACCUCUGCGCUCUACUGCCGAAAGACCAGGUCUUUGAGAAUGACGAAGAACCGUUCAACCCGAAGGAGCCUCACGGAAACUCACCAGGGGGCGAGAAGCGCCCUUCGGCCAAUGAGGUCGCCGAGGUCGACAACCCCUACCUACGGUCCGUCAAAAUGCCACGCAAGAGGAAGCGGUGACGGCUGUAUAGUGUCCGUUUUAUACAUUGGGGGGGGCUGCGUAGCUAUGUACAAAUAAAGUUAUACAUUGGCAUAAACAU